AUGACAAACGUUUUUUUAGGACGAAGUUUAUGCGUUAUCAACGACUUAAGCCUCGAAGAACGACGCUGGCUUUUCGAUGAAACUCGUCGACUUGCCGAAGCCUUUAAAAAUAACAAUCAAGAAGAUCUUCAACGUUAUGUUUUCACACAAACGGAUACCAAAGUUUAUGAUGUUUUCCUCGAGAGUAGUACACGAACGCAACAGUCCUUUCGUAACGCCGCCAUCUUCUGUCAACUCAAUCCACUCAGCCUCGGUGCUGAUUCAGCCUUUUACGGUAAAGGAGAAAGCCUCCUCGAUACCUUCAAAACCUUGGUGGCGUACGGAAAUCACCUCUUUAUCGUGCGAAGCCCUCAAGAAGGUCUUUGCCGCUUCCUCAGCGAGGAACUGAGUGCAAGCCUCGAACGACUCGGAAUCAAUGGGUCCAUCUCGCUGAUUAAUGCCGGAGACGGUAAACACGAACACCCUACUCAGGAACUCCUCGACGAAUACAGCUUCUGGGAACAAAAUCACUUCUCUUACGAAAAUCUCCAUAUCGCGCUCGUUGGAGAUCUCUUCCAUGGUCGUACAGUCCAUUCUAAGGCUCAAGGACUGAAAAUUUUCCAAAAGGUGCGCGUUGAUCUUGUUGCACCAGAAUUGCUGGCAUUGCCCGAUGAAUAUGUGCGCCAAAUGCAGGAAAAUGGCUAUUCUUUGCGAUUCUUCUCUAGCCUGCAGGACUAUAUCAAAGCAGGCGAUUUGGCUUCUGCGUGGUACUUUACACGUCCACAACUCGAGCGAAUGGGCGAGGAUAUCCGCCUUGCAGCCUCUUCGCUCCGAGAGUCCAUCACACUCACAGAGAGUCUCCUCGAUGAGAUUCCCUCAACGUGUCGCUUCUAUCAUCCCUUGCCACGACAUAAAGAACAUCCUGUCAUUCCGCGAUUUGUCGAUAGAACACCUUAUAACGCUUGGGAAAGACAGGUUCGUAACGGCUACUAUGUGCGUAUCGUGCUUCUCUCGGCUCUGGGAGGAAAAUUGCCAACACCAGGACUCCCAGAGUAUUCCGUUCCUGCACAAAAUGAGGAAAACUUUAUCGAUGAAGUUUUCCUCUCGAAGCGGCGAAAACAAAAACCUCUCGUCUCCGGAGUCCUUCCCAUUGAGGAUGGUUUUGUCAUUGAUCAUAUCAGUCAAGGAAAAACUCACGAAGAGAUCCGACGUCAUAUGAAUCGGCUCAUCGAAGCCCUCGAUCUCCAUGGCCUGGGCGGAGAGUGGAUCGCCCAGGGAACGCGUGGCCUUAAGGGACUGAUUUUUCGUCCACAGACGAGACUCUUUGAAGGACUCAUCAAAAAACUUGCAGCCUUAGCUCCAGGAGUCACGUUGAAUGAUAUCCGUCAAGGAACGAUCUACAAAAAAUAUCGCCUGAGCCUUCCUCCACGUAUUUAUGGUUUCAAAGAAGCCCGGUGUCCGAAUCCUGAUUGUAUCUCGCAUCCGAGUGCCUUUGAAACUCUCGAGGGACACUUCCAUCGCUGUGGCCAAGAGCGUUAUGCUUGUCACUACUGUGACCGUCAGCAUCACUAUAGAGAAAUCUGGCCCCAGUAA